GCGUGGGCAGCGCCUACAGUCGGCCAGCAAGAGCUAUACCUCCCAGCGUACUACAAGACCGAGAUGUCAACAAUUUUCGUCGGCGAGCACACAUCGUACACUCACGCUUGGAUUUUCAGCGCCCUCGACUCAGCGGUCCGCGGUACAUCGCAGCUGUUGCUGGACAUGGGCCUGGUAGAUGAGGCCAAGCAGAUUGUUGACACCUGGAUGGGCAGGUGGAUCCACAUCUGAGGCGGUCACUGUGCCUGGUGGGAGGUUGAUCAUGACUCUACGCACAAUCAUAGAAAUACAUAGAAGCGAAUGAUGAAGAGCAGUACGUUGUAAGAAGGGUGUAAAACUUUGUGAUGGUGUGCUUGGGACAAGAUUGAGAUGACGUGAUCGUUACGCUAAAUCAGGCGAGCCGACGCGUCGGCACUCCUGCCAGCUUCAAGCUUUUUCUGUUGCGGUAUCAAGUGCAAAAAUGUAAAGCGACUGUAUUGUGUUGUUCUCUUGUGU